UGAAUAUUAGAUUUAGCUUAUAACACAAACAGGAAGUUUAAUGGUUGUUUGUAACAUUUGCCGCGAAAUUUUGUCAAAAAUUUGGAGAAAUGAAAAAUUCUGUAAAGCAACGGAGACAGAAUAGCUCUCAGCUGGCUAUAACAAACAAUAAUCACGAAGAUGUCACAUUUAAGGAAGGUGCAAUAGUUAGAAUCAAGCUUGAAAAUAUUUUGACAUAUGAUUCUGUUGAAUUCCAAGUUGGACCAUACUUGAAUGUGAUAAUUGGACCAAAUGGAACUGGAAAAUCAACAAUAGUUUGUGCAAUAUGUAUUGGACUAGGUGGAAAAUUAAGUAUACUGGGAAGAGCGCAACAGGUGGCUGAUUUUAUCAAAUAUGGAUGUAACAAAGGAAAAAUAGAGCUAGAAUUGUUCAAUGAAGAUGGAGAAAAUUAUAUUAUACACAGAGAAAUCAACAAGAACAACAAAUCUGAAUGGACCAUCAAUGGAAGACCUGCAACACAUAGAGCAGUAGAUGAACUGGUAGCUCAGAAGAACAUUCAAGUAAAUAAUCUUUGUCAGUUCUUACCUCAAGAAAAAGUGGCUGAUUUUGCUAAAAUGACAUCAGAAGAAUUGUUAGAAAACACAGAGAAAUCAAUAAAUAAUGAGCUAUAUGAUAACCACCAGAAAUUGAAGAAAGCUCGGGAACAAGCUAGAUCAUUAGAACUAGGCUUUGAAAAUAUACAAGAAAGAUUAGACCAAGAAAAGCAAAAAAAUGCCAGGCUUGAACAAGAUGUCAAAAAUUUUGAGGAGAGAGAAAGACAUUUAUCAAAAAUUCAAAUAUUGCAAAUGAAAAGACCAUGGGUGGAGUAUGAUGAAAAAAGGAAACUUUAUGAGAAGUAUAAAACAGAAAGAGAUCAAAAGGCUGAGGAAUAUAAACAAGCCAAACAAAUGUUUGCCCCAUUACAGAAGAAAUUAGAUGCCAUGAAAAAAAGAAAGGAAGACAUUGAAAAAGAGAUGAAGACUAAAACUGACAGUUUAAGGGACUAUGCUAGAAAGGCUCAAGCAAGCAGCAAAGAAAUAGAAGCUUUUACAGAUAAGACACAAGAAGUACAAAAUGACUUAAAGUUCAAGAGAAAUGAGGAACUGAGUAGAAAGAAAAGAGUGCAGGACCUGAAGAAACAGAUUGAUCUGCUGAAGAGUGAAUUAGAGACAACAGUCCAGACAGAAGACAUAGGGCCACAAAUUGAGAGGGUAACUCAGGAAAUGAGAAGAAUUGUUCAUGAAAUGGAACAGAUGUCUCAGGAUGGAGACCUCAUACGAAGAGAUAUAGUAACAAUUAGGAAUGAGAUUAAUUCAAACCAACACCAGUUAAAAGAAAUCCAGAAUGUAGAAAAUAAAAAAUUAGAAAUCCUUCGACAAAAACAUAAGCAUACUUAUGAUGCUGUCAUGUGGUGUAAAGAAAACAGAAACAAAUUUCAAGGAGAGGUUCAUUUACCAAUGAUGAUGACCAUUAAUCCAAAAGAUGCUUCAAUGGCUAAAUUUAUAGAGAUGCACAUUCGUGCUGAUGAUCUGAAGGCUUUUGUGUUUGAGAAUUCCAAUGAUUAUAAUCUAUUCAUGAACACAAUGAGAGAUGAGCAAGGACUUAAAGUAAAUGCUUUGAAAGUUCCACAGAAACCAGUUAGUGAAUAUGUACCUACCAAAAGCAUUGAAAAUUAUAGACGUUACGGGUUCCAGAGUUACCUGAAGGAUUAUAUAUCUUGUCCCGAUGGUAUUAUGAGAUACCUCUGUGCUCAGUACAGAGUCCAUGCUAUUCCUGUAGGAGAUCGUAGGAGUAAAGAACGUGUAGAGGAAAUUGUGGCUCAAUGUCCAGAGUUUUCCAUGUUUUAUACCAUUGAUAGUCAGUACCAAGUCAAAAGGUCAAGAUACGAUGGAAGUAUAUCUUCUAGAAGUUCAAAAAUUAGAGAUCCAACAUGGCUAAUAGCAUCUGGUGAUAAUUCAAGAGAAGUUAUGCUAGAAACACAGAUAAGACAACUACAAGCACAGUUAAAAACCAAGGAAGAGGAGUAUAAUGGCAAACAGAAAAUGUCCAAGGAACUCGAUACCAAGUUAAAUAAAAAAAGGGAAGAAAAGAAAGAAUUAAGUAAUAAAAAGGAUGUCAAGAAAAGACUCCAGUCCCAGAUUGAUUCCAAGAUCCAAAGAAUGAAAACAGAAGAAGCUGAGGCUGUUAAUUUACAGACAGAAGAAGAAAGUGCAUUAAAAGAAAUCAGAGGAUAUAACAAGAAAAAAUGUACAUCACUACAGAAGUUAAAAGACUAUACAAGGAAAUGUAUAGAACUAAGUACAGAGAAAGUGCGUUUAGGUUUAAGACAAGCCAUGUUUAUUCAUGAACAAGAACAGGUUGAGGAAGAUCUUAGAGAACAAUCAGGAGUAUUACAAAAUUUUGAGAGAGCAUUUGAAGAAAUAAAAGAGAAGGUUAAAACUGCUAAAGAAAUGGCAAAGAGAUUGUUACAGGCAGCCAAGCAUGUUACAAACACAGAUGUCGAUAGUGAACUGUCUCCAGAACUUAGACAGAGCUUUGAAAGUUGUCCGUCGACUUUAGAUGAGAUUGAUGCUGCCAUUCAUGAACAACAAGCCAGAGCUGAUUCAUUGUUCCAGACAGAUGAAAGGGUUGUUAAAGAAUACAGACAAAGAAAAAAAGAGAUUGCACAGUUAGAGAAAGAUGUGACGAAUAGACAACAGCAAUUACAUGGCCACCAGGAAGAGGUUGAGAAAGCUAAGACGGAAUGGUUGGAACCAUUACGAGCAUUGAUAGAGCGAAUCAAUGAAAACUUUAGUUACUUCUUCACUUGUAUGAAAUGUGCUGGUGAAAUAGAUCUCAACGUACCUGAUAAUCCAGAAGACUAUGAAAAGUACGGUAUUAAGAUCAAAGUCAAGUUCAGGGAUUCUGAGUCACUAAGGGAGCUAACUCCCCAUCAUCAGAGUGGUGGGGAACGUAGUGUGUCUACAGUGUUAUAUAUGAUGGCUCUACAAGAAUUAGCCAAGUGUCCAUUCAGAUGUGUUGAUGAAAUUAACCAGGGUAUGGAUCCAGUCAAUGAGAGGAAGGUGUUUGAAUUAGUUGUACAGACUGUCUGUAGGAGAUCUGCAUCCCAGUAUUUCUUAUUGACACCCAAGCUGUUACCAGAUUUGGAGUACUCAGACAACAUGACUGUAUUAUGUGUAUGUAAUGGACCUUAUAUGUUAAACCAUACAGAAUGGAAUCUUAAAAAGUUCAUCAGGAGAAGAAAAAGACUAGAAGAUGAAUAAACUUGUGAUUACAGAUACAAAGGUUGUGGAGGAAUAGAGAUCUGUUGAUGAGAGUUUAAACUUUAUGACCGGGAGAACUCAGUAUGACUAUUUGAUAUAGAUGAAGAGGACGCAGCAAACUGAAGUUUAAAUGAUGCGAUUUUAAUUAUAUCUACGAUUUUGGAUUACAUGAAGAGACAGUUGUAUUAAAAAGAUCAAAAACUAUACAUGACAAAAAAUAAUACUUUAAUUAACAGUUCCACCCAUUAAUUUCAGGAAUUUGUGUUUAUAUGUGAAUAAAACAAGGGUAAAAAAAAUUAUUUUUGAUUCCCUAGCUAUAGGUAUCUGGUAAUUUUUUCAGCAUAUAUUUGAACCAGAUAAUAGUUUAUAGCUUUCAGUAAAUUUGAUGAAAUUUUUUUUUGAACAUUAUCAGUAUAGAAAAAUGAGAAGAGAAGAAUUGUGAGAUAGAAUGUUAAAAUUUAAAAUAUUACUUAUUUUAAAUAAGAAAAAUGGAAAAAAACCUUUUUGGAAUAUAUUGUUUUUAAAUGUUGCCUUAGAUACCUGUUUUGUUUCUAGGCUUCUCGGGUAGUUAUCUUAAUGUAUAUUUAUCGUUAACACCCAGGUAGGUGUGAUGUGCUAACUUAUUGAAAUCAUGGGUUAUAGAAAGGCAGCUUUACACACAAAAUGGCAGAACAUAGUUUGGGAAAUCUUAUAUUUAUUUUUUCUAUGAGUAAAACUAAAUCAUUGCUGUAGAAUAUUUAUAGAAAAGCUUAAAAUAACUUUUACUUAGUUGUAUUCAAAUUUUAAAUUUCAUUUUAUCAAAUUAUCACUACUAUAGAAAUUCAGGCAUUUUUAACGUUCUUAGACUAUUUUAUGCUGUUUGAAAAGAUGGAGGUAUGAUAAGAAAGGUUUUUGACAUUUCAGCAAGAACAACAUUAAGAGAGAAAAAAAUCAAGAGGUUUAAAUCAAUUUCAAAAUGUUACUUAUUGCCAUAUCAUGCUGUGUUAUGCAUUAAAGUCCUAAUGUUUAAGGACAAUGGAGUAAGUACUGGGAGGAUAAGAGUAUAUUCUAUUUUUUUUUGUUUUUACUUUUUUAUUGAGGAUAGUAAAUGAAUGUGUUUGUGAUGUGCCAAAUUAUUUGAUGUUGGGUUUUUAAGACAGUGCAAUGUUUGUAGUCAAUAGUGCAUUAAAUUGUUGAACUUUA